CCAAGCAUAUAAAACAAUAAUAGUCGGAUUCGGUUUUUAUUUACGCCGCAAAAAUGACGAUUUUGUACAAAGUUGAGGGCAAGGAAUUUAGCAAAGACAGUGUUUUCCCGCACAAGAAGGUCCUCUGCUCUGUCUCCACGCGGAAUAUUGUAGCGUUCAGCGCUCUGCAGAGUGCUAUACUUCCGUCGUCACAUGGAGGAGAUGCCGGCGAUGGAACCUUGCCGGGAGCGGGCCUAGGUGUGGGUGCCAGCAACAGUCAUGUGUACGUCUGCGAUAUUGUGACGCCCUGGGAGUACUACAAGGUGUGCUCAUCCAAAUCGCUAAUCAGUGUACUCCAGUGGAGUCCAAACGGAGAACAAUUGCUUCUCGGUUACAUCGGUGGACGCGUUGAGAUCUGGCAGCCUCGGAAUCAGUCGAUUAAUCUAUGGGUGCUUCAGUACCACGCUACUGUGCCCAGUGAAGACAUUAUUGAUGCACAGUUUUUUCAUAAUGGCAAGGGGCUAAUCUUUAAUCCCCAAAAAAAGGAUCACACCUAUUAUGCGGAGAAGUUCGAGAGGAUGGAACAGCAAAAGCCCACUCUCAGCGGAUUUGGUGGAGUCCCCAGUGAGGGCUGUGUCCUGCUAACGUCUUCUGGACUGAUUGCCGCCUUUAGUCUGCCCGUUCUGCAAAAAACAUCCGCUGGCGGAGGAGUUGAAGGAACUGCCCACGAAAUCGUUGAAGUGACGCCCACACUUCAAAGUAUCGGCAUAUCCCGCAGCUUUAUCGAGCAUUGCAGCAUAACGCCGAAUCCAUCGGGAGCCCUUAGCGUUGCCUUUACUUGCGGCUGGCAGAAACAGUUGGUGCAGUGUUUCCGAAUUUCGCUUUCCUUGGAGGGAGAACUCGGUCUCGAGCAGCAUCUAGCCAUCAAGUCCGAGUCACAAACUAGCAUAUUUUUGGGUCCCCUCGACGGAAGGCGAAUCAGUCACCUUAAAUGGACACGGGUGGCCAACGAGGAUGUGAUCUUCAUAGCCUACGCCUGUCCUGAUGGUGCUGGCAGCCAGCUCGAGCAAUGGACAUUGACGAGGCGACAUCAGAGUGUCCAUGCCCUGCUUCAGGGAGGCGGUAGCACCAACAGCAAGCAAAAUGAGUUCGUACAAUCUGAAAGUUGGGAACAGGUGGGCAAGGUGCAGUUAAAUGCAUCAUUGGCAGAUAUAAGUGUAACCCGACUAUCUGUCUCCACACCGGAAUGUUGUCAGGUGUAUGCCAUUCUUAAGGACAACAGUGUUCAGGUGCUGGAGCCCAAUACCCUAAAGCAGCUGAAUCAUACCCAGUUUGAGAAGGUUUCAGACGCCAGUGGAGGAGUAAAGUUUGUAAGUGGUGACUUGACACCCACCAGUCAAAUGCUUCUUAUCUUCGACACUCACGCACAACUACACGCCAUGCAGGCACCUCUUCUAAAGCAAGCAGGAUCGGGACUGCUUCUACUGGAAUAUUGCAUAGUCACGGGCUGCGAUGCCAGCGAUGUGCUACUCCUUAAUCUUGGAAAUCUAGAGGCAUUGGUGGAGAAGCUAACGGAUAAUUUUACGAGGCAGCCAUCAUAUGUGCGCCAUUAUUAUUAUGCUAAUUUUCUGGCCCUGAAGUCUAAUCUGUGCAGAGUGCAACAGCAGGAGUUCGAUAACCUAAUUAUUCUGCACGCAAUAUCUACCACUUUUAAGAGUCUUUUGCGACCCUCCGAUCUGGGCUUUCAGGAUAAGGGACCCGCUGAUAACUUAGCUAUUAAGCUCGCAGAAUCCAUACCAGACGUGGACACCGUGAUGCUGAACCUCGAUGCCAAGGACUUCACUGUAGAGCCAGUGAUGCUGCAAAGCCUACAGCAACUGAUCCAGUGGGUCACCGACCUGGCUCUCAACAUGCUGAAUCGCCUGCCCGAAGAAGUGAUGAAGAGCAAACUGUCCGGAAAGCGGCCAAGCUAUGAUAUUAGCCGGGACAUCGUGGCCAUCGGCAGUCUGCGCGAACUUCUGGUAAUGAUUCGCAUCUGGGGGCUGCUGAACACCCAGUGCCUGCCCGUCUAUACCAAGACGAUGGACAACAUAGAUGUGCUGGUUAUUCUUUUCCGUUUGCUAACUCGUUUGGCUCAAAAUCCAGCAGAGCCGGACGAAAUGCUUUUGGACGAGUGCAGUCUUCUGUCUAAGCAAUUACUGAUACCACAGCCAACAAAGUUUAACCCUACCACGCUGCUGAGUGCCCAAGGAUUCGCGGCUGUCAAGUUGGGACAGCUACAGUUCACCUCAUUGGUAGAGCCAUCUUGUUUGCAGGACGUGGAAACAGAGGACGUGGUCUUCGCCCGUUCAGUAAAGGAUGGCGUAAGCAAUCUCCAGUUAGGUGCCCGACCCAGCACCAUCCGAAGAUGCGCCCGCUGUGGAUUUGUGUUCGUAAAUAACGCUAGCAAGGUGGCCAAGACGUCGGCCCUAAAAGCGUGGUUUAGUAAGUGGCUUCACUGUCACUGCGGCGGUUUUUGGAAACAGAUUCAUUAGUUAAUCGAAAUUACUGUCUGUCAUUCUUAGUUUUAAAAUGUAGUUAUAGUUUUAAAUAGUAUUAAAAACCAAGAUAAUUUUUCGACUCUAAAGAAAGAGAGUAAUUAAA